AUGGACCUGUACAGCCUUGUACAGCCCAGUACGGACCAGUACAGCCCUGUACAGCCCAAUAUGCCCCAGUACAUACCAGUCAACAUCUUCCAGAUGGAUGGUCCAAAGGCCUCUCCUGAGGUGAACAUCUUCCAGAUGGAUGGUCCAAAGGCCUCUCCUGAGGUGAACAUCUUCCAGCUGGAAGGUCCAAAGGCCUCUCCUGAGGUGAACAUCUUCCAGCUGGAUGCUCCAACCACCUCUCCAGGGGUCAACAUCUUCCAGCUGGAUGCUCCAACCACCUCUCCAGGGGUCAACAUCUUCCAGCUGGAUGCUCCAACCACCUCUCCAGGGGUCAACAUCUUCCAGCUGGAUGCUCCAACCACCUCUCCAGAGGUCAACAUCUUCCAGCUGGAUGCUCCAACCACCUCUCCAGGGGUCAACAUCUUCCAGCUGGAUGCUCCAACCACCUCUCCAGGGGUCAACAUCUUCCAGCUGGAUGCUCCAACCACCUCUCCACCAUUCCACACCUCCCAGCUGGAAGGUCCUACUGCUGGCCCCACCAACCAGCCCUGGCCAGGACCACAACCCCAAGCUGAUGAGAUCUUGGCCUCCAGCCCACCACAGAUGACCAGUGCUGGAAGAUGCCAGGUGCUGGUCACCACCCUGGGCCACGUCCUGGGGCUGGGCACCAUCUGGCGCUUCCCCUACCUGUGCUACCGCAAUGGAGGAGGAGUCUUCUUCAUCCCUUACCUCCUGCUGCUGCUCCUGGUGGGGUUGCCUCUGUUCCUGAUGGAACUGAGCUUGGGACACUAUGGAGCUGCUGGACCCAUCACAGUCUGGAAGUGUUGUCCUCUCCUGAAAGGCGUUGGUGUGGCCAUGCUGGUGGUGGCCUCCUUGGUGUCCCUCUACUCCAAUGUCAUCCUGGCUUGGGCUCUCUUCUACCUGGGCUCCUCCUUCCAGAACCCUCUGCCCUGGGCCUGUGGUGCUCCAGGGGCCGUGGACAGCUGCCAGAACGCCUCGGAGAGGACAGCAGGGCCCAGCGCCAGUGAGGUCUUCUGGAACCAGAAGGUCCUGGGGAUGACUCCCAGCUCUGGCCUCGGUGCCCCUGGCCCUGUGCAGUGGCCUCUGGCCCUGUGCCUGCUGGUGGCCUGGGUCCUGGUCUUCUCCUGCACACUGAAGGGCAUCAGAACCUCAGGCAAGGUGCUUUACUUCACAGCCACCUUCCCCUACCUGCUCCUCCUCAUCCUCACCAUCCGAGCAGCCACCUUGGAAGGGUCCCUUGGUGGGGUCCGCUUCUACCUCUCCUCAGACUGGAGCAGGCUGCAGAGGGCUCAGGUGUGGAGCGAUGCAGCCUCUCAGGUCUUCUACUCCUUGGGCAUUGGCUUUGGGGGACUCCUCUCCAUGGCCUCCUACAACUACUUGGACACCAAUGUCAUCAGGGACACCUUGGCCAUCACCCUGGGGAGCUUCUGCAGCAGCUUCUUCUCAGGCUUUGCCAUCUUCUCUGUGCUGGGCCACAUGGCCUGGAGGAAGGAGGUCUCUGUGGGCAGCGUCCUUGACUCAGGUCCUGGGUUGGUGUUUGUGGUGUACCCUGAGGUCCUCUCCAUGCUGCCAGGCUCCCCUGUCUGGGCCAUCAUCUUCUUCUUGAUGUUCCUCAUGCUGGGAAUGGAAACCUUGCUGAGGACCAUUGAUGUCAUCACCACCUCCAUCCUGGAGCAGCUCCCAGCCCUGCGGGGCUGGAGGAGGAAGAUUCUGCUGCUGGCUGCUCUCUGCUCCUGCUUCUACCUCCUGGGGCUCCUGCUGGUCACCCAGGGUGGGAUCUUCUGGCUGACCCUGCUGGACACCUUCAGCACCAGCUUUGGGCUGCUCCUGGUCACCAUCUCCAUGUGCUUGGGAAUUGCCUUCUGCUAUGGUGUCACUGAGUUCUGCCGGGACAUCAGAGCCAUGAUCUGCAGAUGUCCUCCUUGGUGCAGCCACAUCUUGGCCUACUUCAGGCUCUGCUGGCCCUUCCUCACUCCCUGCACCCUCCUGUUUGCCCUGAUCUACAUCCUCCUGGACCUGCCCAGCCUGGCCCUGAGCUAUGGCAGCUCCAAGGAACCAGCCUGGGCCACCAGCCUGGGGGUCUGCAUCAACCUCCUGACCUGCCUGCAGCUCCCCCUCUGGGCCACCCUGGCCCUGAGCCAACAGUCAGGGACCCUGAGCCAGCGCUUCCAGAAGGCCUCCAGGCCCCUGCGCUCCUGGAGGACAGCCAGGAGCCGGGGCACGGCCAGGGAGGUCACCACCAGCCCCUUCACCAUCACCACCGCCAGCCCAGCCCAGGGCAGCAGCGAGGCCUGA